AUGCCUUACUCCGCUCUUCCUUCCUCCACCCCCCUCCAGGCGCCUCAACAACAACUGGUUCGCCGGCUCCCUGCCGCAGACGCUCAUGUCUCUCCCCGCCCUCACUCUGCUGUAAGCACCCAAAGCACAUGCACACUAUUUCAGCCUAUUCAAGCAGUUCAAGCAAGCAUGCACACUGAUUCUCGACCUAUCCACAGCGUGCGGCCACCACAGCAUGCGGACGUGCAUGCAAAUGCGCUGACAGGGUCGCUGCCGGCCAUAUCAUCGGUGCUGCGCUCACUCUUCCUGCACGACAACUUUCUGGCCGGCAGCUUCACAGCGGCCGCGCUCACCACGUGCGACGCCCGCCUCAACUGCAUGACCAGCGCGGCUGACUGCAGCGCUGCCAGCACCAUGCAGAGGGCCAGUGCAGCAUGCGCCAUCUGCGACAGUGCAGUGGCGCAGGGGCUGCUGUGCUGGGGUGGCAUGUGCUUGCCCAACGUCACGGCCACCACUGCCCACCCUGACGGGCUCGCCCCGCCGCCCAUGUACUGCUCGGGGUCGCCGGUGGUCAACAUGAGCACCGUAGAUGGUGAGAGUGCCUUGCCUCACAGCACCAUGCCUCACAGCACCAUGCCUCACAGCACCAUGCCUCACAGCACCAUGCCUCACAGCACCAUGCCUCACAGCACCAUGCCUCACAGCACCAUGCCUCACAGCACCAUGCCUCACAGCACCAUGCCUCACAGCACCAUGCCUCACACCACCAUGCCUCACAGCACCAUGCCUCCUGCAUCCAUUUCCCUCCACCAUUCGCUGCCCCACCAUUCGCUGCCCCACCACGCACCAACCCUCCUGUCCCCGUGCCUUGCACCCGCUCUCAUUCUUUCACCUGCUACACCAUCUACUCACACCACCCCUCCCCGCCUCCUUGGUUGCAUGGCAGCGCAAGCGCUGGAGGCAGUGAAGAGUGCGAUGGGGGUGACGUUCAGCACGUGGGCGCCCGCCACGUACUGCACGGUGGCGCCCACCGCGCCCAUCACCGGCACGUGGACCGGCGUGCUCUGCAACUCCCUUGGCAAAGUCGUCAGCCUGCAACUGGCCAACAGCAAGCUCACGGGCACUCUGCCGCUCGCGGUCUCCAACCUCACCGCGCUCACCGCCAUCGACCUGGCCUACAACUGGCUCUCCGGCUCUGUGCCAGCGUUCAUGCUCGCCCUCCCCAGCCUCACGGAGCUAAGCACUACUUCCUACUGGCCCCUCGAGGACCGCUGUCCAGCAUGCGCCAUCUGCAACACGACCAAUGCGCAGGGGCGGCUGUGCAAUGGCGGGCUGUGCACCGUCAACGCCACGGACCUGGUGGCGCUGGGCACGCCCAACAGUGCCGCGUCCCCCUCGCUGCCGCUCAUCUGCGUGGGCGCGGCGUUUGUGGCGAUGGACGCGGUGCAUGCGGGCGCCAUGCUGAACCUCAAGGCGUCGCUGGGAGUGACCUUCACCGACUGGAAGGCCGACUCGCCCUGCUCCCUGCCUGGUGCCGUGGCCCCCGGGUCGUGGAGCGGGGUCACCUGCGAUGGCACCGGCAAAGUGCUUGGCAUUGAUCUGCUCCCCACCUUAUGCUGCGUCGCUUCUGCUCCACCUCCCCAGACUCUCCUUGCCCCAUGCCAUCGCUCAACCCUUGUCUCCUUCCCAACCCUUGUCUCCUUCCCAACCCUUGUCUCCUUCCCAACCCUUGUCUCCUUCCCAACCCUUGUCUCCUUCCCAACCCUUGUCUCCUUCCCAACCCUUGUCUCCUUCCCAACCCUUGUCUCCUUCCCAACCCUUGUCUCCUUCCCAACCCUUGUCUCCUUCCCAACCCUUGUCUCCUUCCCAACCCUUGUCUCCUUCCCAACCCUUGUCUCCUUCCCAACCCUUGUCUCCUUCCCAACCCUUGUCUCCUUCCCAACCCUUGUCUCCUUCCCAACCCUUGUCUCCUUCCCAACUCGUGUCUCUCCCCACCGCCUGCCCCUUUUCCCCUCCUCGGCCUCGCAGUUCCACUGCGCCAUCUGCGGCACCGACAGCGGCCAGGGCACGCUCUGUGGCAGCGUGCCGUGCCUCGUCAACACCACUGGCGUCACGGACCCUCCCACCGCGUCGUCUCCCCCACGCAACCUCUACUGCACGCCAGUCGCCAUGGACACCAACACCACCACAACGCUACUGGCGCUGAAGACGGUGCUGGGAGUGACGGCCACGGACUGGGCGGCCACGACAGUGGCGCUGAAGCCCAAGGCGCUGAAGAGCAGCAGCGUGCCCCUCGCCACCACUGUGGGCGCCUGCACCGUGGAGGGGCAGACCCCUGCGCCCGGCUCCUGGACCGGCGUCUACUGCAACUCUCUUGGCACCAUCGUCGCCCUCAACGGCACGGCGCAGAGGGCCGCUGCCGACUGCAACAUCUGCGGCUCCACGGGGGCGGCCGGCGCACUGUGUGGCGGCGGGUACUGCACACCCAACAGCACCGCGCCUGCCGCUGCAGGCACGCCCAACACGGAGGGGCAGGCGGUGCUGGCGCUGUUCUGCCAGGGCGGUCCCAUCGAGGUCAACAUGCGUGGCGCCAUGCUCAACCUCAAGGCGUCACUGGGGGUGACGUUCACGGACUGGGUGGGCACGGCACCGUGCAACAUUGCGGGGCAGAGCACGGUGCCGGGGGCGUGGUCCAACGUGGAGUGUGACGCCACUGGCAAGGUCACCAGCAUGUGA